AUGAGCCUUCGUGUCAUCUUCACCGGCGGAUCUGGGCGAAUUGGCCGACGAGUGAUAAGAGAGCUAGUGAAAGCAGGACAUGAAGUGCUGAACCUGGAUCUCAUCAGGUUGGACGAUGUAGACGUCCAUACGAUGAGAUGUGAUCUUGCGGACAGUGGCCAAGUUUUCAGUUGCCUCAACACGUAUAUGCGCCUGGGGGAGCCUUUUCCAGCUUACCCACCACGAAUCCCAGACGCCGUGAUCCACUUCGCGGCCAUGUCGACACCCAUGAUUGUUUCAGAUGGAGAGACAUUCAGAUUGAAUGUGAUGGGUACACAUAACGUGAUUGAAGCUGCCUGCAAGUUGGGGGUCAAGAAACUUGUUAUCGCCAGCAGUGUGACAACAUACGGCGUAUCCUUUGGCCAAGGGCAUUGCGAAUUCCCGUCCUUCCCCAUCGACGAAGACUUGGACGUCAACCCUACUGACCCAUACGCUUUAUCCAAGGUCGUUGGCGAACGCAUUGCUCGGAGCUACGCCGCCAGGUUCGGGAUGGAUAUCUAUUGCCUUAGGAUCGGAAGGGUGGUGGAGCCUGAAGAAAUCGAGGAUGUUUUUGAGAGCUAUAUCUACGAGCCUGAGAAGUGGUACGCCCACGGGUGGUCAUAUGUUGAUGUACGCGAUCUUGGACAGAUGUGCCUGAACGCACUCCAGGUUUCCGGCCUUGGAUAUCAGAUCUUCAAUGCGACGAACAAUUCGAUAACGAAUGUCACUCCUACGAUGGAUUUUCUCAAGCUCUACUACCCUCAUAUACCAAUCACGAGGACGUUAGCCACGUUCGAAGCGCCAAUCUCGAAUAGAAAGAUACGGGAGCUGCUUGGUUUUGAAGAGAAACAUGAUUGGCGACAAUAUUUCACAAGAUGGAAACAGUCACUCGCAACUUGA